AUGGCCAGAACUCGACUCGAAAAGUCCACGGCGGACUACCUUUCACAACUCGCCCCAGAGAUCUUGCGCUCCAUAUUCGCAUAUUUCUGCCCCCAUUGUUGCAACGAAUACCAGUGCCCUUAUGGAGCACCGCCGGAUUCAAACAGAGUUGAACAUAAUACAGCUCUGUACAAUCUAUGUCUAGUCUCACGGUAUUUCCGGGCCUCUGCUCAGGAGACACUACAUCAUUCCUUCGAUCCCUACUACCCGACUUGGGAUCCUCCGAAUCCGUGGGAGCGACGCCUCGAGCCAUUUCUUCUGACCAUGGCCUCUCGCCCAGACCUGGCUCGCUCUGUCAAAACUCUCUUUUUGAAAAGCCGCCUGCUUGAAUCACUCGACUUUGAUGAAAGCCGAAAGGCUUUCGAUACCUGUGCACGCGUUUUAGGAAGCAGUUCCCAGGUGCUCUAUCGCAAAACUCGCAAAACUCACUUAUCUGCCAUAAAGCGGGCCUUUUUUCUAGGGACACGUACUUAUACAUUUUUGAGGCCUCAAGACUUUCUCCCCAUAGUCGGAGACCAACUUCUGUCCGUUCUGGUGGCUAUCCUUCCGAAUCUGAGUCACAUUAGUAUCGAGGAAGGUCGCCGGUGGCGGUUCGAUGUGUCGCCUGCUACUCUCGACAAUAUGGGCGUCAGAUCUAUUCCUCUCAAGAUACUAGAGAUCGAACAUGCUCUACCCAACUUACUUGCUCGGGCGCCGGGGCUUGAGACGUUGGUGACUUCUGCGUUAUCUGAGUUCCCGAAUAUGCCUUGCCUGAGGAACCUUCACAUUCGAUCCAAAGAUGCCGUUGGUGCCCCUGCCAUAGAGCACCUUCUAUCAGCAUGUACCGGAACUCUAUCCACGUUCUCCUACACUUCAUUCGACUCUGACAUAGUGGGCGUGGUAAACCUCCUCGACAUACCAAGGUUCCACGCCAGUCUUGAGACUCUGCACCUAAACAUGCUAAAGACCGAUAGCAAGGGGGAUCAUAAAAUUCCCAGCUUAAAGCAAUUCACCCAACUCAAGAGCCUCUUUCUCCACACAUAUUUUCUUUACGGCCCCAGAUCCCCCACAUGUUGCCGGACAGAAUGCAAAGUCAAGUCUCUUUUUGACAUUCUUCCAUCUAGCAUCACUUCUCUUGAUCUCUCGGAACGGACGCCGACACCAGAUGGCCGUAUGUACGAUGAUCUGCUCAUCUUGUCCAAGGAUGCGGCUUUCGCCUUCCCGCAGCUCAAGGAAAUUCGAAGCAAUGCUGGUCCUGCCUGCGAUGAAUACCCUCAGACCUUGUUUAAGAGCGUUGGGGUCGACCUUAUAUAUCAGGAUCCGACGAUCUGUUGCUGGAUAGACACAGUUGUUAGGAUUAUAGGCGGAGGCGAUUGUUAUCAUUAUGAUCUUGGACAUGGCGGUGGCGCUAUGCCUUUGCCUAGUGAGCUCUCAGAUGAUGAUUUAUAA